GAUGAUGAUGAUGAUGAUGAUGAAAAAAAAAACAAACGCAGGUGUUCAAUAAAUUGUACAAUCUAGUUGUGAGUGAAUGUAAAAACUCUUUGGAAAAAAACAACAACAACAACAACAACAAUUGGCAUCUUCUUUUUCGUUAUUCAUCAUCGUUUUCAAAAAAAAAAUAUUCGACCACAUAUAUCCACAUUUUAGUUCAGCUGCCACAACAUAUUAUGUGUGUUGACCAAUGAAUGAGUUAUAGAUUGUUGAAAACGUAUCAUAAUCGGUCAAAUUCCUAUUCCAUUUGUAUGUUCGAUCUCGAAUAGAUCUCUCAAUGGAUUUGUUGUAGCAUGUAUCGUGUAACGAGAUUCUCACCAAAAAAAAAUCCCAUCGAUCAAUGUGAUUCAAAUGUAUAUUAGCAAAUAUGUUACAAAAAUUUCAUUGUGAACAUGUAUUGAAAGAGUUGAAUGAUUUUGGACAAUAUCAAAAAUUAUUAUUAUUUGGUUUCAUAAUGCCAUUGGCUAUACUUACAGCAUUUCAAUCGUCUUAUAUAUAUAACGAAUUUGUUCCAGAUCAUUGGUGUCGUGUUGAUUUAUUGGUCAAUUUUUCUUAUGGUGAACAACAUCGUUUGAUUCGACCACGAUUGAAAUACAAUAAUGAUGAAAAUAAUAAUAAUAAUAAUGGUGGUGGUGAAGAAAUAUCAAAACGAAUGUCCAAUUGUGAAAUGUAUGAUAUAAAUUAUCAUCAAGUGUUGACCGGUUUAGAAAUACCAAAACAAAAUAGUUCAUCAUUGUCAUCAUCAUCAUCAUCAUUAUCAUCAUUAUCGUCGUCAUCGUCGUCGUCGUCGUCGGCAUUAUCAUCAUCAACAGUAUUUAUACCGAUUAAAAAGUGUUCACCAAUAAAUGGCUGGGUUUAUAAUAAAAAUCAAUUUCAAGAGAAUGCUGCCAUGCAUUAUAAUUUUGUCUGUGAUCAACGUCAACACAUUCAAAUUAUUGGAUUUGUAAGAAAAUUAUCUUCUGCUCUAUUUAGCCUGAUAUAUGCCAUUCUUUCAGAUAGAUAUGGCCGUAAAAAUGGUCUAAUAUUCAUUUUAACCGCAUAUAUUUUAUCAGCAAUUUCACCAAUAUUGACUACUAAUUAUUAUGCAUUUUUAGCCUGUCAAGCAUUACAAGGAUCUACAUGGCCAAUUGGAAUAUUAAUCGGUACGGCAUUAGGCAUAGAAUUUGUUACACCUGAAUAUCGUGCCGAUAUUCUAGCAUUAGUUGGUGUUGCAUUUCAAUUUGGUGAAUGGUGUACAUAUUUUUUUGUCAAAGCAUUACCACAUUGGGUUUGGAUUACUAUCGCCAAUACUGGAUUUACUGUACCAUAUUUUCUAUUCUAUCAAUAUUGUGAUGAAUCACCACAAUGGCUUUUAGCAACAAAACAUUUUAAUAAAUUAAAAAAUCUUUUCGAAAGAAUGAAUCAAACAAAUCAUGCACAUAUGGAUAGUGAUUCCAUUAAUUCGAUUAUAAGUAAAUUCACUCAUUAUUAUAAUUAUGAUCGACGUGAUGAAGUUAGUAUGGCGAUUUCGAUGCAAAAUCUUAAUACAACGACAACAUCGAUUCAUAAUGGCAAUCAUAGGCAAAGAAUUACAUUAUUAACUAAUAAUAAUAAUAAUCAUAAUCAUCAAACAAGUACAAAACGAUUAAAUCGACCACCAAGUAUGAAUAGUUUUUUAACCGAUAAUCAAUCCGAAUCGGAUGGAUUGCAGACAACAUUUUGGAAAAAAAUUAAACUAUUCAUUAAACGUUCAACACUAUUUCAGAUGAUAUUUUUAUGGGCAAUCAUUUUGAUGACAAAUGAAUUGAUUAUUGAUUUUUUAUCAAAACGAAAAAAUCUUUUCGAUGAAAAUUUACUUGUUGAUCGAUUUUUUGGUUCAUUGAUAAAGAUGCCAAUCAUUUUAUUAACAUGGUAUCUUGUCAAUCAAUGUUUUGGCCGUCGUUGGUCAAAUUGUAUUAUACUUUCAUUGAAUUUUGCCAUUUUAAUGUUUCUACUUUUUGGUCAAUAUUUAUUGAAAAAUAUUAUCUGGUUAAAUGUUGGAAUUUCUGUAUUGGGCAUUAUGUUGGCCGAAUGUUCAGAAUUGAUAACAAUAUUACAAACAUUGGAACUAACAUCUACAAGAUAUCGUAUCAUAGUGGUCAGUAUUGUUCAUCUAUUAUCACAAUCAACAUUUUUAGCCAUUUUAUAUUGGCUCUACAAUUACAAUCUACGCAUUAUUUUCAAUGUACAAACUAAACUGAUAUUUAUUUCUUGUGUUACAUUAUUAUCAAUAAUUUUGGCAUCAUUUAUAACGGAAACCAGAAAUGAAUAUCUACCAAUGGGUGCAUUAGAAUCUGAACAAUUAAUAACAAAUUUCAAUUAUUGGUCAUUAUCAAAAGACAGAUCCGACAUUGCACCAUCAAAUCUAUUUAUAUUAUUGGCUCGAUAA